AUGGCGAACGAGAAAAUGUUGCCAGCCGUGGAGGCUGCCAAAAUCUACCAUACCAACUACGUGAGAAAUUCCAGAGCCAUCGGCGUCCUGUGGGGAGUUUUCACCUUAUGCUUCGCCAUCAUUACUGUGGUGGUCUUUAUUCAGCCCUACUGGAUUGGUGACAGCGUUAAUACCCCGCAGGCUGGAUAUUUUGGACUCUUUCACUACUGUAUUGGCAACCCCAUCACCUCCGAACUGGUCUGUAAGGGAAGCGUUUUUGACUUCGGCUCGAUCCCAUCUGGGGCUUUCAGAACUGCUAUGUUCUUCGUAGGCUGCUCAAUGCUACUUAUCGUGGGUACGAUUGUGUGCUUGGCUCUUUUCUUCUUUUGCAACGCUGGGAGUGUUUACAAGAUAUGCGCGUGGAUGCAAACAGCUUCAGCCGUGUUGAUGGGGAUGGGUUGUAUGAUUUAUCCGGAUGGCUGGGAUGCCCCGGAGGUGAAGCGAAUGUGUGGUGACAGGACUGACAAAUACACGCUUGGGAACUGUACCGUGCGUUGGGCUUACAUAUUAGGCAUCAUCAGCAUCCUGGAUGCGGGUUUACUGUCACUGCUUGCUUUUACUCUGGGCAACCGGCAAGACAACCUGCUGCCUGAGGACUUUGAGGUGGAAACAGGAAAAGACAGUGAGUGAAGAGCUCUGCCAAGAAAGGUAAUAACAGAUUAGAUUUUGAGAUUUAGAAUUGAUUAUUUAGAAUUUGGAUUUGUAGUAUGCUAUGAGGUCACACGUAACGUAAUGAUGAACUUCCAUUAGACAAACCAUUCAGUGCUGGAUUUUACAGACGUGUAGGUUGCAGAUAUUUUAACAUUUUGUAUAACAA